UAAACUCGGCGAUGUACUUCACACGCGUUCUUCUUCUUGGAGUCACUUUGACAGCCAGUCUACCUAACGACAUACGAAGUGUGAAAUCUAAUGCCCUUUACCUACAUUCAGCAUCAACAGUUUCAACCACCGGUACGUCAACAGUCAUCUCUACUACCGACACGACUACAGACCAAACCAAAACUGCACCAAAAUCAGUACACUCGAGAGCUACAAGUACAGGAAUGAGAGUCCAUAGCACUAUAGCGAGAAAGUCCGUUACUGCUGAAAGCAUUUUGCCAACAUCUGAAACACCUUGUACAACUUCAUGGCCAUUGACCACUACAGGAGCAGCCACUAGUGGCACAACAUCACCUUCAAGACCAUUAAACAGGACUACGCGUACUGUCACCAAAAAAACAACAACCACUAGUGCCACAACCUCACCUUCAAGACCAUGGCCAUUGACCAGUACUACACAUACUGCCACCAAAAGAGCAACCACUAGUGCCACAACUUCACCAUCAAGACCAUGGCCACCGACAAGUAACACUAGUGCUACAACAUCACCUUCACCAUCGAGACCAUGGCCACCGACCAGUAACACUUCAGCUACAACAUCACCUUCACCAUCAAGACCAUGGCCACCGACCAGUAACACUAGCGCUACAACAUCACCUUCACCAUCAAGACCAUGGCCACCGACCAGUAACACUAGCGCUACAACAUCACCUUCACCAUCAAGACCAUGGCCACCGACCAGUAACACCACAACCAUGGCCACCGACCAGUAA